AUGGCACCAAUGCUCAAAUUCACUGUGCAAGUCAGCAAACCAGAACUGAUUCGACCAGAGAAACCAACCCCGAGAGAAUUCAAAUAUUUGUCCAACAUUGAUGACCAAAAAGGCCUAAGAAACCACAUACCUUUUGGCUCUUGUUUACUACUACCCCAUGGCCGGGCGACUCCGGCAUGCUAUAAGGGCAAGCUCGUUGUGGACUGUUGUGGUGAGGGAGUGAUUUUUCGUGAAGGCAAUGCUGAUAUCAAAUUGGCACAGCUGCGUGAAGCUGAUGGUGGACUGAAGCCACCAUUUCCUCAAUGGGAGAGUUUGCUUGUUGAUGAUUUGUGGGGAAGUGUUCUUAUCACUGAUUCACCUUUGCUUCGCAUGCAGGUCACAAGACUUGCAUGCGGAGGCUUUGUCUUGGCAUACACAUUGAACCACUGCAUCUGUGAUGCCUAUGGCGCCUGCAUCUUGAUAAAAGCCAUUUCAGAAUUCUGCUUAAACCCAACUCAAGUAGCUCCUUCAUUGUUAUCAGCUUGGGGAAGACAAGCCCUCCACCCAAGGUCACCUCCCACCAUCUCCUUCCCCCACCAUGAAUAUGACGUCACAUCAUCAUCCCCUCAUGAUCCUGAAGAUCCUACCGCUGCCUACAACGAAACCGACUUCAAGUCUCUUGCUCAAACUUCAGUCUUCCUCUCUCAGGCCGACAUAUCAUCUCUCAAGAACCAAACUUACUCCCAGAAAAGCCCCGCCUUCCACGCAAUAGCGGGGUGUCUGUGGAGGGCAAGGACUAGAACCCUAAUGAGCCCUCAGUCCACCACGAGGCUUCUCUUCCCUAUCGACACCCGCUUUCGGUCCAUCCCUUCCCUCCCUGAAGGCUACUACGGAAGCGCUGUCGUGUUUGCCUGCGCCAUUGCCAACGCAGGCGAACUAGUGGACAGCCCGUUACAAUAUGCUUCAAACUUGAUAUCACAAGUGAAGAAGGUCGUCACUGAAAAUGAGUAUAGAGCCUCGAUGCUAGACUUCAUCGAGAUGAACCGGCGCAGAGAGUUAGUUGCGGAUGGGGGGUUUGCGGUUUCGGAUAUGAGCAAAUUGAGGUUUGUUGAUUUGGAUUUUGGGUGGGGAAAAGGUGUGUAUGGUGGACCAGGAAGAGCUGGAACUGGGCUUGUUCCUGGGAUGGUGACUUCAGUUAUUGGGCACAAAAAUGAGGAGGGUGUUGAAGGGGUUUUGGCUCUGGUUUCACUGCCUGCGGAGUAUGUAGGGAAGUUUCGUAAGGAGGUAAGGAAAGAGAUCGACUGUGGUAAUUCUUAUGCCAAACAUAUUUCUGCACUGUAG